AUGAAGCUAAUUGUGAGCAUUGGAGCUCUUCUUUGCUCCGGCAUCGCUUUGGGGGUGAGCGGUCUGAGAGUUCAGGCGUCAAGCACCACACUCAGCGAGCAGACGCUGCUCCCGGUUCCGAGAUUGUUGAACCUCCCUGUCCCCAGAUUCAACCCCAUGGUGUGGCUUACAAACAUCAUUUUCCCGGGAGAGGAACCUCGCUCCUUCCGGACGUACUUCUCUGCCAAAGGGUGCCCGACGUGGUACGUUGACCCAAACAGAUCGCCUACCUUGUUCGAUGAGGAUUUUGUGGUGACAAACGGCUGGACGUAUGAUGGGGUUUAUCACACGAUCGACUAUCACGGCGCCGAAGAAAUGGUCGAGCCAGCACAUCCAUUCCCUUUUUUCUUUUUGCCACAAAGAGCCUCAUCACGAGCAGCCCUAAUUAAGCGGAAUUUCCUUUGUCAAAAUUCGAGGGUCCAGACAGAAGUUAUGCUCCGCAGCGCCCACGAAGCUGGCGUAAUCUUCAGGGGAAUAGGCGAGCGAAACUUUUGGGCAGUUCUCUUGACCGCCGGAAACGGCCUCCAACUCGUGCGGGUGAAGGACGGAGAGCGUCUUGUGCUAGCAAGCCUGCCCUACAUGAAUGUCAUGCCUGGCCAGUGGUACUCUGUUGCCGUCGAGGAGCAACUUGGUGACAUACGACUGACCGGAGAGAAACAGCAAUCGGUCAUGUACCAAGCACAGUCGGACGACGAGUUUUCUCCCCGCGGGCGUGAGGACGACGGUCUUAGGCAGGGCGCUGGCAACCCUCGAGGAAUUGCGAAGCAGCUUCAGGUUACGGCAGGGUCACUAGGCCAAGACACAGCCAUCAUAAAAGAGCUUCCUGAAGAUUUAAAGAGCUGGUGCCCGUACGGCAGGAGCACGGUGCGCUGGUGGACCAUUCGAGGACUGAAUACAGUCGGGAUGCACCCUGAGACGACAACUUGA